AUGUCCGCAGAAUACAACGAGUAUAAAGUAUUAGAGGACAGUAAUAAAGUCAACCGUGCCGGGGUCAAAAAGGCGAAUCAAACGCAAGUUGGUCGGAAUUAUGCUCCUACUCAAGAUCAUGGACGAGCUAUAGAGGACGGAAUAUCAUAUGCGAUAGCGGGUCGGACUGUGUCCAACGCAACCUCACAAGCUCGCACAGGCUUCAAUCACAAAUACCCGCAAGCAUAUGAAGAACGAGGCGUACACACCCACAAAGAGGAGGUGGCAAAGGCCAAACAGAACGCAAAACGGUACAGGAAUGAUGAGACGAAGCUUGUUGCAUUGCACGGUAGAUGGCAGGUACAAAUGUCAUCUCAGUCACAAGUGUUCAUGGAAUGA